ACGACUGUCGCCAAACAGGUAUAUAUACCGAUUUCUGCGUGUCUUUUGUUCCGAGCGCGGUGUUGUUUCUCCUCCCACUAUUCCUGUAACACGGAGUUAACCAGCGCAUAUAUUUCCCAGCAGAGUUUUCAUUCCUGCAGAAAGAUUAUCCUCCCUUCCGACUUCCCGCCAAUUUUAAACUUCUGCCAAUUUUGCCAACUCGCAAUCUCUUUCUCUUUCUCCGACCGCCUAAACUAACCAACAUGCGUUGGUCGUCGCUCUUUGCUUCACAGGCCGCAGUCUCUUCUGCUCUCAUUGCAACCACACUCUUUACUUUGUCCGCCAGUGCGCAGGACCGCACCAAUGAACAGGGCGAGGCGCAGAUUACUGAUCCGAAUCAGGAAUGCGCCCCAUAUUCCUACGCGCCUGUUACUGCUGCUCUCGCUGCCAACCAGUUCCCGCCUAUCUGGACAAUCGCGACCAUUCUCCCCAAUGACACCAAUGCUCAAGCCAAGUACCAGUCCAUCCAGAGCCAGAUCCCAAAUAUUCAGCCCAAUGGCAGCCCUGCUUCCACCUCCACCGGUGAUUUCAGCGGCUUUACGUACCCUUCGUCUGAUCCAGAUUGCUGGUGGACGUAUGAUCAAUGCACUACUCCAAAAUUGGCUGGAUUACCUCCGGACCUGGCUGGCGUUCCAGAGCCUAAUACCCUAGGUUAUGGUUUCGAUGAUGGACCCAAUUGCUCCCACAAUGCAUUCUACGACUUCUUGUCGCAAAAUAACCAAAAAGCUACCAUGUUCUACAUCGGCAGUAAUGUCAUGGACUGGCCUCUUGAGGCGCAGCGCGCUCUCGCUGAUGGUCAUGAAAUUUGUGUUCACACUUGGUCGCACAAAUAUACGACUACUUUGACCAACGAAGAAGUCUUUGCAGAAUUUUACUAUAGUACGUUGUCUAUGGAAGCAAUUAAGUUGGUGGUCGGCGUGACGCCUACGUGCUGGAGGCCUCCUUACGGCGAUGUCGACGAUCGGGUCCGGGCCAUUGCCCAUGCACUGGGCUUGCGCACGAUCAUUUGGCAGUAUGACUCCAAUGAUUGGCGUGAAGGCUUUAAUAACGUUACUGUUGCUGAUGUCGACCAGAAUUACGAGACCCUCAUUGCUCGUGCACAAAAUGGCACCUACGCUACCGCGGGUACUAUCAUGCUCACACACGAGCUCAACAACUUUACCAUGUCCGAGGCUAUGAAGUUCUACACUCAGCUGAAAGCUGCAUUCAAGUACCUCGUUCCCAUGGGUGUUGCCACAAAUCAAACUCAGCCAUACGUCGAGACUAACUACUCUCUACCAUCGUUUGAUCAAUACAUCAGCGGCACGACAACAGUCACCGGUGGUGUCCCAGCUGCCACGGCGGGGUCUUCCAGUUCAACAGGGUCCGGAUCAUCUUCUGGGAAAACCAAUUCCACUGGUGCUGCGAGCAGAGCCUUAUAUGACGGUUUUGGAAUACUUGCCGCAGGUGCAGCAUUCGUUGGCUUCUCAGUGAAACUCUUGGCGUAGGAUCCUCGUCCCAUUUCUGUUUUCUCUUGUCUUUGGUUGCGCCUGCGGCAUGCUCGAUGCUUUGAUUCCCGGUCGUACACUGGCUAUAUCCCUGAACAUUGCAACCUUCUCCACGCAUAGCAUACCUUGACAUUUCUCCUCCCUCUUCACUAGAACUUCGCACUUGUCGACAAAAGUAGCGCCAACACAUUGGUGUUACAGCCUGUGCCCAUCAUCUAAUAUACCCGAUGGACUUUGCCGAUAUCACCUUUUUUUGAUUGUUGUUCUAAUUUGAUGUUACCGGACUUUUCUGUUGCUUUGCUGUUUCAUAUAAUGGGCCACUACGGACGUGUCAAGACGGACGUUUCUUAACAAUGUAAUUACAAUACUUGACGAACAGAGAUGUUACGACCGAGGUCACGACGUAACG